UCAGAGGGAGGGAUUGUGGGAGGGAGCCAAAACUGGCAACUCUGCCAAAGUGCCCAAGAACAGUUUAGUCAGAAUCUGGCUGCUAAAUAAUCUGUGACAGUGAGAACCAUCGUCAAAGUGACCCACAGGGAGAGAGAGGGAGAGAGCAAGGGAGCGGAUGAGAGAAUCAGCUCAGGGCCACCACAGAAACGACAGGGGAGAAAGAGACAACAGAGGCAGAAAACGAGGCAGGGGGUCGGGGACAGAACUGGGCUGAAUACCAGUUGAGAUCGGAGGGGAACUGUCAGGCGCUGACCACAGUGCCAGGAGGCCAGGGAGUGGGCGGCUCGCUAAGAAAACCCAACAAAACUCAAAGACAUGCAGAGACACAGGGAGAGAGGAGGGCACUGAGGGACACAGAGACGGGAGAGAGCGUGAAACACAGAGAAAGAGCCAGGGAGCUGAAUCGCGAAGGAGAGAGGGGGGCAGGAGAGAAAGACCGCCCGAGAGAGCAAGGACCCCCGCAGGGUCCCUGGUCUUGGAUGGUGAGACGAGAGAAGGAGCGGCUCAGUCUGGUGGUCAGAGCCCUGCGCCACACCGGGAGGCAGCGGCCAGCAGCCCCUGGGCUCCACGGACCAUCGAGUCUCCCAUCCGCGGGUCACCUGCCGGAGCAGGACAGGUGCGGCGCAGGCAUGAAGAGACCCCACGACUACAGCUCCCCCGAGACCGACCCCGACGAGCUCAUCGAUGUGGGACAGGAGGACUGCUACUGCCCAGUGACCGGCUCCAUGUCCCCUGGCAGUACCUCACAGAUCCUGGCACGCAAGAAACGCAGAGGGAUCAUUGAGAAGAGACGGAGGGAUCGGAUCAAUCACAGCCUGUCGGAGCUCAGGCGCCUUGUUCCCAGCGCUUUCGAGAAACAGGGCUCCUCCAAGCUGGAGAAGGCCGAGAUCCUGCAGAUGACAGUGGAUCACCUCAAGCUCCUCCACGCAAUGGGAGGAAAAGGGUACUUCGAUGCCCGGGCUCUGGCAGUGGACUACAGGACCCUGGGUUUCCGGGAGUGUGUGGGCGAGGUGGUGCGAUACCUGAGCUCGCUGGAGGGGCUGGAGACCCCCGACCCCAUCGCUGCCCGCCUGGUCUCCCACCUCAGCCACUGCGCCAGCGAGCUGGACCCCCUGCUCCAGAGCCCCGCUGCCCUGCCCUUCCCCCCGUGGUCCUGGGCUAUCCCCCAGCUCUCCCCUGCCUCCUCCCCCCAUUUCCCCAGGGCUGUGGCUGACGUACGGCUCUCUCGCCGGGAAAUUCUGGCGCCUGGUGUCGCCCUGCUGGGCACCUACCCCUCCCCUAACUUCCACCCUGCUCCCAUUGGCUGCCUGCCGGCCAAUCAGCAGGCUGCAGCGCUGACACCCACCCUGGCCUCCCCAGCGCUGUGCAGGGUGCCCUCCCGCCCCUCCCUGGGGCCCAGACUGUCCCAGGCCUGCCCAGACGGCCAUGCCACCUCCCCUCUCCUCGCCCCCGCGGCUCCAGCUGCUCCCGCAGCCCCCCAAAUGUCUUUCAGGCCCUUCGCCCCGUUCCCAGCCUCCCCAGCCACCCCCCAGCGGGCAGGCACCAGCAACCCGGGCAAAGCCGCUCGUUCCUGGGGCACCGAGAUCGGCGCCUUCUGACUCCCCGCCGCCAGGCCCGGAGCCCGGCGCCCGCCCUGAGCCAGCGGAGGCGCUGCUUGACCCGAGACCCAGCAGCCAAGGUAGGGGACGGACACGACAGACAGCACCCUCCUUCCUCCUCCUCUGACCAGGCCGCAGCCGGGACCUGCCUUCGCACCGAACUCUACCAGAGCCGAGGGCGGCUCGAACACGAGCCUAAACACUCCGGCAAACACGGGACCUGCCACACCAGAUAACCGCACACGAUUCCCGGGAUUUUGCACCCUGGGGAAAGAAAACAAAGAAGAUUCCUAAACUGGGCGCCUGGGACUGGGAGACCUGGAGAAGAGCCGCAGAGUAAGACUGUUCAGCCUAAUACGCCUCAGCCGUCCUCUACCGCGACAGUCCGCCAAGCUGGGAGACUGGCAGGAAGACAGUCUCACUGCAGGGAGGUGAUGACAAGCCUUCCCCUUCGCACUGCCCAGGUGAAGGGACAGCGGAAGAGGGUUGGACCUGGUGCCGGAAAUGAAAGGGCUGUACAGGACAUCCUAAAAUCACCGGUCUCCGGAGACCUGAAACUGUUUACAGCUUGUUUAACGAGGACAUUUUUAGGGACCCUUGGAAUAAAGGAGUGAGAGUUUCCGUGACCAGAGCGGUCUGCUCCUGACUAAGUGAGCGCGCUGCCUGGUAAAGUGAUCAGGAAGCUGACUGUACAAUAGCUGGUGGAGGCCGCUGCGCUGUGGCUGUCCAGCCCUGCUCUGUCCAGCCCUGCUCUGUCCAGCCCUGCUCUGUCCAGCCCUGCGGACACAGACACACAGUUCUUUCCCCAUCCUGGCUGCAGCCAGGUCCCCCUGUUCACUACAGUCUGUUUGUUGUUUCAUAGCUCCUGUUCUUAAGUGUUUUUGUGUGUUUUUAUAUAUUUU